AUGGGAGCGAUUAGCAAUAUAAAGGUCUCACCGUACUUCCGCGGCGCAGAGAACCAUUUCCAGAGCGACAUCUCGGUGGUGACCUUGAAAACUGCGGUGACGUUCAACAGCCACGUGCGGCCGGUCUGCGUGGACUUCAGCGUGACGUUUGAUGAGGAGCAGCUGCAGCCAGGAAACAUUGGCAAGGUAGCGGCUUGGAACCAAACACCUUUGCUGAAGUUCAUAGAGCUGCCGUACGUGGAGGUGGAGCAAUGCUUCGCCGACCUUCCCAGGAGUUUCAUCAGCUUCAUCACCAGCGACAAGAUAUGCGCCGGCACUAGGAACAGUACCAAGCUCUGCAGGGGCGACAGCGGCGGCGGACUGGUCUUCCCUCGCACAGAGCACGGCACCCAACGCUGGUACCUCCGUGGCGUGGUCUCCACGGCUCCUCAAAACCCCGACACGUACUCCCAAGACAUCUGCGACGCUGGCUCGUACACCGCCUUCACGCAUUUGCUCAAGCAUGAUGCUUUCAUUACCAAGUUUUUGGAGGCACGGAGGGAUUAUGUUAACCAAAUAUAUUUAGUUCCAUAAUUAUAGUUGU